UGUCAGUAUAAAUACUUUCUAGCGAAGAUAGUGCAAAAUUUCGCUUCGAUUUCGCCAACCUUAUCAACCACUCGAUCCAGGGUUUGAAAUUUAAGGGAUAGAAAUCUUCCUAGCAUCGUAGCAACCAGCAGCAGCAGCCGAAACCCACCGGAGGCCAACUCUAAUCUUUGGGUUCUGCUUCGGCUAAGAUAUGGGCCCCCGCCCGACGUUGAAAUCGGUGCACUUCACCGGCACCGAAUCGUUCUCCAAGCAAAUAUUUUCACCCGCCAGAUACAAUGUGCCGUUGUUUGUGUGCAAAAGGCUUGCCUUACCGGUGAAGCACCGGGAUGAACUGAACGUACUCCAACGCAACCGCCGGAAGCUUUUGCAGCGGACAAAAAGUUAUGAAGAGUCGGGCAACCGGAAAGCUGAAGCUGAUGCCAGCAUCAAAACAGAAAUCGGCAAACCAACAACUUACCACAUUCCCUUCUACCGUUGCCCGAAAUCACUGCGAAAUGGUCACAAGGAAUGGAUGUUACCCCCGAACAGGUAUCGAUUAGGUGGUAAUAUCUCGGAUUUAGCUAUCAAAUCAACAGGUUGCAAAGGACCUUAUCAAUGUUUCACAGGAGACCGCUUCACGCAGACAUCGGUCAGCAGUCGGCGGAAACUGGCAAACACCGAAACCGAAGAAGGGAAAAUUCCUGCCGAAAUGAACAAGCUAGCCCAUCCGAAGCGAUACUUUGUGGGGAAAAUACGGGCAGGUGACAGACACAAGCAACGACCCGGCUGUCGAUUGGCCUUAUCCCAGGCGACCCUCUGUUGGCGCAAUCCUGCCGAACCGGGCCCGAAUUGUUACUUCAAAGGCAUAUUCGACAUCCCAACGGGCGUAGUUCGUAGCCAGCGUCGAGAACGUCAACUGAAAACACCCGAAGCAGCCCUUGCAGCGCUGACAUCCGUUCGCCACUCAUACUGCGCGGAACCAUUUCCCCGUCCACCGCCCGGUCGUUAUCAGUUGUCAACAUGUGUCUCCCCACCGCCGCUGCCACCCCGUCCCAUCGACAGCUGUCAACAACAGCGGCCUAGGUUAGACCUUACGUUUAACCCUUACUGGAACCCGUACCGGCAGGCAGCCACUCUUCGGAUGCACACCGUCGACAUUCCAGUGCGGCGCCGAAAGCGAGGUCGCAAUAUGAAAGUGGCCUUUGGAAGUGGGUCCGCGCGCUUCAAAGAUCAGGAAUUUUUCCCCAUCGGUGCGCUCAAAUCCUCCCUACCGAAGAAGGGGUGUGAUGGUGUUAAUCGGAAAAUGGUUAGAACCGUCACUAUAGGCAAGACUGAAACGCCAUUGAAAACAGCAGAAACAGUGACAUCGUCGGGACCGGCAGAAAAAACUGACCCAUUGGCAGAUCUCAACCGAACACGCACAAAGCUGUUCGUCAUUCCUCGCCGAGAUCAAACGAGGUUUAUCUCGUCGGUGGAAACCCCGUCGGAGCGUGUGGGAGAUUCCACCAUGCGGGGCGAAUCAUUCGAACCCAGCGAGACUAGCAGGACGUCCGCUUUGAGCGGCGGGAGCCGCAUCGUCGAAGCGGAAGUUUUGGUGACAAAAGCACUCACGGGUCAUUGAAUGCGUCGUUUCGG